AUGUCGUUUAGUGGUGGUGGUGGAUUUGGUGGAAGUAUAGGAGGUGAUGGCGAAGAUGGUGUUCCUGAAUCUGCAGCGAUGGAGGAGAAGGUCGGACGGUACUGGGCCUCGGGCUUCCGGGCAAAAUUUACACCCCUAAUGCCUGGCGAGGGAAAUUCAGAUGCUCGGCUCUUUCAGCUUCUCUCCCAUCUUCUUCAACAGGUGGAGUCCCUUACCAAUCAAGAAGAAGUUGAGCUACGCACAAAAAUUGAAGCACUUGGGUUAGAGGUUACCAAAGUUCCAAAAAAGCCUGCAGGAACUAUGGAUGAGUUGGAGAUUGCUAAAGAACUAGACAAGCUAUCAGCAAAGUUAGAUGAUGUAGAUGAGAUGAUAACUUCCGCUAUAGCGGAAGAUCCCCAGGUACAAACGCUUCUUAGUAGCACAGCUGAUUUGUGGAUGCCAGUAAUCACAGCUACUUCUGAAAAAAGGCGUAAGUUUACUGCAUCAAUUGAAGAAAGCUCCUGUAAAACUCAAGGGCAGAUUUCUGAUUGAGUUUAUUCAUAUAAACUUCUCGUUUUUAUUCGUUUCUUUUCAUUUUUCUAUAUUAAAAUUAUAAAUGUUCUGGUAUUGAGCUAGAGGGAGGAAAGUCUGAAAGUGUAAUUUGCAGAAGAUGCAGUAGUUCUAGAUAAGUUGAAUAAUGACAUUGUGAUUAAUGCUCGAGUCUGAACAACGCAAAGCUUAAAAAUUGAAAAUUCAUGAUUUAGUUUGAGGCGGU